UUUUGCACUUUGCCUAUGAGCAUGCUAGAGACCUAGGAGGUUGAGGUGGCCAUUAUAAAUGCCUGAAGAAAAUAUAUCGACUCCACGCCUUCGAGAGACGCUGUGGAUGGUUUUAUGAACUUUGGAUUUUGGAGAUUAGGGAUUAUGCCUUAUCUAUAUUAAAGUUUUGACAGGCAGAGAAUUUUGAGCGGCACUGACCUAGCCACCUAAAACUCUCAUUCUCACUGCAGCCCUCACCUGGCCCUGUGCUCGGCGCCUCCGGAAGUCACUUUACCUUAGGCGGUUGGGGGCUUGUAAUCCCAGGUAUUCCAAAGGCUGAGCCAAGAGUUUUGCCAGUUCAAGACCAGCCAAGGCAACAAAGUCAGACCAUGUCUCCAAAACAAAAAAUUUUUCAAGGGCUGGGGUGUAGGUUAGUGGUUCAGCACUUGACUAGCAUAACAAGCAAGGUCCUGGGUUCACCCCCAGUCCUGCAAAAAUAAAAUUUGUAAACAUUACCCCCAACAGUAUAAUUAACUCUUUAGACACCCAUUGCCCAGAUUAUGUUUUCUUUUAACUAAAUCACAAGCCCAUAGCCAGUCUCACCUCUCAGUGCAAAUCUUUUUGUGGCAGCCCAUGAGUUUUAAUUAAGCCCCACAACUCAUCACAUUAACUGCUUAACUCACUUGGCCCUAUCCAUUGCCUCUUGAGAAUUCUUAUUAUUAGAGAAUUCAGAAAGUAUAAGUUCUUUAUAAACAUUAUCAAUUACAGAAAAUGCUUCUUUAGAUUUACUAUGUGCAGGUCAUUGUAAAGGGCUUUAUGUACCUUCCUAUUUAAUUCUCUAAAACUGAAGAUUUGCACAUUUUACAGAUGAAAAAACAAGACAGAGAGAUUAAUAAAAUUGUCCCAGAUCUGAGUUAGGGUUUGGACCCAAUCAGACAGCAAUGCCAUUUUCUUUAAUCAUUAGAAUAUGUGGUCUUUUGUAGUAAUAAACAUUGAGUGAAUUAACUCACUUAUGUGUCAGCAAGCUUUUCUGGGGUAUGUACAAACUAUUUCUACAAUUAUAAACUUAAGAGAAAACCCUCCAUGUCCCAGCAACCAGUUCAUACCUGUUCAAAGCACUUAAGAUUGUCAAUGGUUGUUUACACAACUAGUUUUUCCUAUAUCCCUGGCUUCUUCAAGGCCAGGGAUUGUGUCUUAUUUGUUUUUAUAUCCAUAGGGAUUAGCCAGUUCCUGGCAAACAGCUAGGACUCAAAAGUUUCCUAAGUGAAGAUUUGCACAUUUUACAGAUGAAAAAACAAGACAUAGAGAUUAAUAAAAUUAGGACCCAGUCAAGCCACUUCUCUUUGAUGCAGCACAACACAAAAAGAUCUCCCACCAAGAUAUGGGGUGAAAGACCACAGGCUUCUAGCUCUCCUCAAAAUUGAGAGAUCCUACAAUGGUUGCAUCCAGAAGAGGGGGAGGAAGGCCCCACACACUGUAGAUAAUCCAGGUUUGGGUUGGAAAACAAGGUUGAAGUUAUUCAUUAGCAGGUGAAGGGGUCAAGGGUCGAGGCAUGGGGGCUGGAAGCGAGUGGACUGAGCAGCCCUCAGUGAAGAGAGCAGUUAAAGCACCAGUUACCCCACGCAGACCACCAGCUCCUUCCCACCUGAAGAUGUUCAAUCAAAUUUGGGCAGCUCUACUCUACCUCUAUGGCAUUCUCCUUAACUCCAUCUAUCAGUGCCCUGAACAUAGUCAACUGACAACUCUGGGAGUGGAUGAGAAAGAGUUCCCAGAGCCCCACCUGGGCCAGUGGUACUUUAUCGCAGGGGCAGCUCCCACCAAGGAGGAGUUGGCGACUUUUGACUCUGUGGACAACAUUAUCUUCAACAUGGCUUCUGGUUCUGCCCCACUGCAGCUCCAGCUUCGUGCUACCAUCCGCAUGAAAAAUGGAUUCUGUGUACCCCGUGAAUGGAUUUAUCACUUGACAGAAGGGAGCACAGACCUCAGAACUGAAGGCCGUCCUGACAUGAAGACUGAGCUCUUUUCCAGCUCAUGCCCAGGUGGAAUUAUGCUGAAAGAGACAGGCCAGGGUUACCAGCGCUUUCUCCUCUACAAUCGCUCACCACACCCUCCUGAGAAGUGUGUGGAAGAAUUCCAGACCCUGACCUCCUGCCUGGACUCCAGAGCCUUUUUACUAACUCCCAGGAAUCAAGAGGCCUGCAAACUGUCCAGUAACUGACCUGUAACUUCAUCUGUGCCCCCAGAACAAUAUAGCGGGAGCUGUUGUUGGGGGAAAGAGAAGCUGAAGACUCCUGAUUCUCUUUCAAGGAAAAUAAAGAUGAUUUUUCAAUCCACAUCACA